AUGCAUACUAUCUACAACUUAUUCCAGUGGUUACUAUGGAUAUGUUUUAUUUAUACACUUUUGAAUUCUGAUCUUCAUGUCACUGCAGGUAGGCUAAAGGUAAAAACUGGUGGUGAUGAAAAUAAUUCAUUUGUGGAAGAAGAGACGGAUUGGAGUGACUGGAAUACAAUAAAGGAAUACAAUAUUUCUGGAACUGGAGGCAAACAAGAAAGAACAAUGCAGUUCACAGUACCCCAAGAAAAAGGAUGGGAAGUUUUUACAGAAAUCGAGAGUGAAGAAACCAUAAUACCACGUACUAUAAAAAUUACCAAAGCACCACAUAAAGAAGAAACAAUUCGAAAGUCAAGAGCAGAAGUUAAAGUUGAUAGAAGAGUUACAAGAACGACACCAGAAAAGGAAGAAGAUGAUGAGGAUGAGAAACCAACAGAGGCGAAACAAACUAAAAAGCCUAAAGAAGAAGAUGAUGAAGAAGGUCCAGAGUAUGAACGAGACUUUCAAAGAGAAAUCAGAAUUGGACGCAAAAGGAAAGGCAAAAAAAUUGGUGAAGAGGUUUCAAUAAAAUUACCUAAACAAGUUCGGAAGUCAAGUAAUUUGCAUUAUUCCUCACUAUAUAAUUUAUUAAUAAUUCUUUUAUUAUUAAUAUGUGUUUAA